CCAGAAACCAUGGCCCAUUACAAGACGGAGCAGGACGACUGGCUGAUCGUCUACCUGAAGUAUUUACUCUUCGUCUUUAACUUCUUCUUCUGGGCGGGGGGGGUGGCCGUCCUGGCUGUGGGCAUCUGGACCCUGGUGGAGAAGAACGGCUACCUCGGCGUCCUGGCCUCCAGCACCUUCGCCGCCUCCACGUACAUCCUCCUCUUCGCGGGCGCCCUCGUCAUGGUGACGGGCUUCCUGGGCUUCGGCGCCGUCCUCCGGGAGCAGAAGGGCUGCCUCUCCACGUAUUUCUGCCUGUUUUUUGUCAUCUUCCUGGUGGAGCUGGUGGCGGGAGUCUUGGCGCAUGUGUAUUACCAGAGGCUGAGCGAUGAGUUGAAGCAGCACUUGAACCGGACUCUGACGGAGAGCUACGGGCAGCCCGGAGCCGCGCACAUCACCGCCUCCGUCGACCGCCUCCAGCAGGAUUUCAAGUGCUGUGGGAGCAACAGCUCGGCUGACUGGCAGCACAGUGCCUACGUGCUGUCUCGGGAGGCCGAGGGCCGCCGAGUACCCGACAGCUGCUGCAAGACGGUAGUGGCGCGCUGCGGCCAUCGGGCUCACCCCUCCAACAUCUACAAGGUGGAGGGAGGCUGCCUCACCAAGCUGGAGCAGUUCCUGGCCGACCACCUGCUGCUCAUGGGCGCGGUGGGCAUCGGGGUGGCCUGCCUGCAGAUCUGCGGGAUGGCCCUCACCUGCUGCCUGAACCGGAGGCUCCAGCGGCAUUUGUACUAACGGCCGAACGCGUCGCCUUCCGGCCGCCCCUCAGGAGGACGGGCACCCACACCCCGUCUGCCAGGCCUGCAGAGCUACGCCAGCUCCACCAGGGCCACGGAGCCCCGACUCCGUGCCCAGCCCCUGUGCACCCGCCAAGUGCCUGAGACCGGAGCUCCCGCUGUUCCCGCCAGGCAGGGACCCCCGAGCCUCCCGCCCACUUCUGAGUCCACGGUCAGAUCCCGGGCCGGAGAAAGAUCCUGCCGGGAGACA